CAGUGACAUUGAAUUUUCUUCCACACACAUCUGGAUGCGAUGGCCUAACCAUUUAAGCAAAUAUAUUUUCAAUGGCUAUGGCCUGCCAUGGAAAUUGGAAAAUUCAAUUCAAAUCGGAAUUGAAUUUCAAAGCUAAAGGACGUGUCCGGUGCUUAAACGGUAGUUCAAGUUCGAAGCGGUUUAUUUUUUCAACAGACAAAGAAGGUGUCGAAUCGAACAAAGAAUCUCUCCCAAAUGGACUAUUUGAAGUACAUUGUCGUGUUUGCUCUGUUGGUAUCCGUAGCCUCGGCGCGUAAGGUCAAGAGAAAGGGAGCCUUUGGCCUACCACCCUUGCCACCACAACAACCUGUCGGUCCAUCCGGUCUUUCGGAACCCUAUCAAUUCGAAGAGGUCCGUUACGAGGAGUAUGCCAACGAACAACCACCUCCACAUAACCCCCAUCACAGACAGACGCAUUAUGAUUCCGCCCAUUACGAAGUGGAUCCCCAUUAUGCCCAUACCCCCGUCUCGACAGGAAGCUCCUUUCUGGUGGACAAUGGAUUGAGGAGUAUUGCCAAGGGAUCUGCCGAUCAGGCCAAUUCUGCGGUGGUCUCUCAAAAUGCUGCAGCCAAACAGGCGGCCUAUAUUGCCAAGAGUACUUUGGCCCAGGCUGCGGUACAGGCAGCUGGGACCGCUGUGGCCGUUCUGAAAGGUAAAGAGGUCCUCUUACAGCGUCUGGAGGAGCAAAGUUCCGAGGCCCACAAGGUUAUGCAGGGUGAGUUACAGCAGCUGCAGCAAGCCAAGCGUGCAGCCAAGGCAGCCCAAUACUCCGCCCAACAGGCCUUGCAACAUGUAUCAGUGUUAACUGCUGCCCUCAAUAAUGCCCAGGCAGCCUCGGAGUUAGCACAGAAAUCUGCCUCCGAAGCUGCCGCCGAGUUGGCCUCACAAAUUGACAUGGUGGCCCAGGCCAAAGCUAAAUUGGAACAAAUCGAAUCACAUCUUUAUUCGGCACGCCUGGACUACGAAGAGACGAAAGAGGCGGCCGAGAAGGCCACCCACUCGGCCCAGGAAGCCCAGCUGAAUGCCAAUGAUGCCGGACUUCAUGCCAAUGUGGAGCUCAGCGAAUCCUCAGCAUCGCUGACAAUUGGAGCCCAUGAAAAAAGUGAUUCUGAACCCCAACACAACAUCGUCAAAAGACGACCGACCACUGCGGAGAGAGGUCGAGAGAAGAGCCAACGGAAAAAUCCGCUGCAGCAAAAAUCGCAAGAGAAAAACAACAAUAGGAAUUGAAAUGGAUUUCGGAAAGGAUUUCAGAAUUGUUCGUGGACCUUAAAGUAUUGAUAAUCUCUUUUAUUUAUGCAUAAAUUUCUCAGUUCGGAUGUAAGUGAAAAAAUAAAAACAAAGGAUUUGUAACUUAUAUUGGAAAAAUGGUCAGAAAAAAGGUUACCUAGCAGCGGAGAAAGGCUUCUUCGAUAGAAAGAAGACUUUUUUCGGAGACUUUUUUCGCUAGAAAAAAAUUUCCUCAGGAACGGAGGAGACUUUUUUCGUUAGAAAAAAAUUUCCUCAGGAACGGAGGAGACUUUUUUCGUUAGAAAAAAAUUUCCUCAGGAACGGAGGAGACUUUUUUCGUUAGAAAAAAAUUUCCUCAGGAACGGAGGAGACUU